AUGUUCAUGCUUUGUGUGCUUCCAAUGAUUGCGAUCAGUCUGCUGUCUAGCACGAGUAUGAUCAACUGUUUCAUGACAACUUUACCGAUUCUCAAUAGAAUUGAAUGUAAGUUUGAUGAGCGAUUAGUCAACAUGUCAUGCUUCCUGGGUGAGCCAAACUCCUACACGAAUCAGUCUAUUACCAUCGAGAUAGAGGUACAACGCGAAAUCAAAGAAGUAAAGGUGACUGCCACAUACUAUGUCGUCAAUGCAGAAUCGACAAACCGCAUCCUAAGCCGGACAGUUGACAUUUGUACCUAUGUGAAGCGUCCCAACAUGGAUCGGCUGAUUAAAGUGUUUUACGAUCAGGUGUUGCAAAACAAUCGCUUCGUUAGCGGAUGUCCGGUGCAAGCAAAGGAACAGUUUUUUGUGCAUGAUCUACGUCCAUCCGCAAUACGCAUACCGGGUUUUCUGCCCGAGAGUAGCUUUGUUUUCGAAAACACCUACCAUACAGGCGUACUGUAUGAAGCGUUCAUUGAGGUACGCCACUAUGGCAAGUUAAUGCGCUUCGUAAACAUCGUCCUGUGGCUCGACGUAGGUUCCGGCACCCUGCAGGCACCGUUCUACAACCAAACGAUCGAUUUUUGCAGUCUUUUAAAAAAUCCCGGUUCGCAUCGGAUGGUGCAGAUCGUUUACCGGGAAAUGAGACGUCACGGCAACAUGCCCACCGGAUGUCCGAUCCCGGCCGUACUGUACAAGUUUCAUGGUAUUUCAACGAGCCAGAUGCGUUUGCCACCGUUUUUUACCCAGACAGAUUUUAUGGUUGAUAUCAUCGGGCUUACGGGGACGGCAGGGGUUCGCACGAUCGAAAUGCGCUGGUAUGGUGUCGUUAACAAAGUCAAAUGCACCGCCACAGCUCGUUGCUAG